GGGUGUUUGCCAAGUCUGACGGAGCGGGAGCUGGCCUCUGACAGCACGGCAAGCUCAACUUCCUCAACAUGCGAACCGGCCAAUUCGCCCAGUUUGAAGCGGCUCUGAGCGUUUCGAGGAUGCAUCGCCUCAUCUAGGACUCGAGCGGGUCUAUCGGCACGCAUGCGAUGAGAAAACCAACGUCAAGACGCGGGAUGACGGACAGGGUCCAUAUCCGGCUCUUCUGGCAGACCGUUUGCCUCAGUUGUCACGCCGCGACCCGGCAUCACCAUUCCACCGAUUCCAUUGGACAGCCAGGCGAGGACGGAUGGCGUGGUCCGUGCACCACCGCCGGAGGACUGGGGAUUGAGGACGAGACCGUUGAAGCGGUCCUGGCCUGUGUGGUCCUGGCCUGUGCAUCAGGCGGGGGGAAGUCCUGCAAGGCGGCCGCUGAGCCUCUGCGCAUUCUCUGCGCAGCCGUCCGAUGUGCGAACCAACAGACCACCUUCCCCACGCCCAUCCGAUGUCAAGGCAAGUCAUCCAAAAUGGCGGCGGCCGCCUGUUCCACAAUCCCCCCAAUGGCAGUCCCGACAUCCCCAUCUGGCUCUUUCGCAUCUCACAUCUGUGUGGUUUACCCAUCACGCCCGGGCAGCAGCACAGGAACGGCAGCACAACACCACACAGCAGCACAGCAGACAAAACACAAAACACAAAACACAGGAUCCAUGCACGAUACCCAACCCGGAAUUUAAGACAAGCUCCUUUUUUAUCCGAGUCCUCCAAAUCUGCCAUCCUAUCGUUGGCCGUUGCACUUUUUCUUCUUUCGUACACUCACUUGUUCUCCAGUCCCCACAAGGCUGAGGCCAACUAGACAACCCCUCCUGCAGUGUGUAUAAGAGGUCUCCACCGCUGCCUAGAUUCGAUAUCUUGGGUCUGCAACGACUCGACCCUUCCGACUCGCACACACCCACACGGAAUCGACUCCCACUUUCCUUGCCAAAUACGUCAAACCUUUCCGCCAUGCCUUCCCUGUUAUAAUUCCGAGGCCUGCUUCCCCAGGUUCCCCUCACGGCACUGGCAUUGGCUGCCUGGACC